AUGGUAUUCAGGCAACUAAGCAGCGCGAGCUCAUCGCUCCUCAUCCCAGCCAAGAUGAUCCUGCUCUGGAUGUGGAUCUUGGCGGCGGGCGUACCCACUGCCCAGGCGUACAGCUCCAAGGACCUGCUGACUUGGAUGCAGUCCAGCAACUUUGGCUACCAGGUGCUCCAGCAGGCCUUGAAUGACAACCAAUCCUCGUCUGCUUCUGAGGCGUCUUGCCUGGCGGAGGUUCGCCUGCUCCUUCAGGGAGCGGAGGCCAAAUCCUUGCCAGCUCUUCGAGUUUUCGAUGCCUGGGGAAAGUUUCCGCAAGGACUGCUCUACGGACACAUCAUGGACAUGGGCAACUACGAGUCCUGCCUCAGCUUGGAUCUCAGCCAGAGUCUGGGCAACGGCAUGACCAUCAGUGCCGCAGCCAAGUAUUGCCUGAGUCGUAUGCAGUUCGAGAGUUUGCUCAUGGAAGCCGCCGGCUCAGAUGCCCUCACCUUGAGUAUAGGCACCUGCAUACCCUCGUCCUGCAGUGCCGCCCAACUGAGUCGGUGGAUGACUGGUCAUCUGAAGGAUAUGUUUGGGCAGAACUCGACGGGCGCCACGGUGGUGCAGGAAAAGGACUGCAGCUUGGCGCACAGAGAUCCCAUGAAUGGACUUGACUGGUUUGCCGUGUCAAUUCUCAUCUUAUUGUGCGCUGUCGUUUUGCUGGCUACAAUUUUGGACUACAGCGACGUUUCCAACAAGCUGCUGGGUUCCUUUUCCCUUCGCAAAAAUUUAAACCAGUUGCUAAAGACCUCGAGCACACCAUCGCCGCGAGUGAUACCCUGUCUGAAUGGCAUUCGCUGCUUGACCAUCAUCUGGAUCAUACUGGGCCACGGCUACAUGUACCUCCUGCUGGCGCCCAACAUCAAUGCCUACGACAUCGUGGCCUGGGCCCAGACGCCCUUCUCCAUGGUCCUGCAGAGCGGCACUACGUCCGUGGACACCUUCUUCCUGCUCAGUGGACUGCUCCUGGUUCUGACCGCCCUGCGGGAGAUGGAUCGCACCAAGGGGCAUCUCCAUGUGCCACUGAUGUAUCUGCACCGUCUGGUGCGCCUGACUCCCGUCCUGGCCCUGGCCGUGCUCAUCUUUAUGACUCUUUUCCCUCGACUGGACAGUGGUCCGCUGUGGAAUCAGUUCACCAGCUCCACGGAGCUCUGCAGCGAUACCUGGUGGGCCACUCUGCUCUACGUCCAAAACUAUGCAGCUCCUGGCAGGAUGUGCUUGGGUCACUCGUGGUAUCUGGCUGUGGAUAUGCAACUGUAUAUUAUAUCACCGCUUCUUCUGAUCGCCCUCUACAAGUGGGGAAGAAAGGCUGUCGCGGGAAUCGUCCUGCUGAUCCUUCUGCUGUCCGGCUGCGUCUUCAGUAUAGUUAUGCUGCGGGAACUGAAAGUGUUUGAUCGAUAUGGAAACCUUGGUGGCGACAGCACCGAGAUGCGCCUCAUCUACUACACCACCCAUGCCAGAGCCACGCCCUGGUUGAUAGGACUGCUUUUCGGCUACUUUUUGCAUCACCAGAAUGCACGCAAGAGCCGCCUGCCCAAGUGGUUGGCUUUGCUGCUGUGGAUCCUGAGUCUGUCCAUGCUGGCCACUGUAAUCUUCGCCGUAUAUCCUUAUACUCAGAGUGGAGCAGGCGAGAUUUCCCCACUGGCAGGAGGUUUCUAUCUGUGUUGCAGUCGGAUUGCGUGGCCUUUGGCCUUGUGCUGGAUCAUCUGGGCGUGCCAGAAUGGACUGGCACCCAUUGUGAAUGAGUUCCUGAGCUGGUCCUUUUGGCAACCACUUUCCAAGUUAUCCUACUGCCUCUAUAUAUGGCACCUGGUGGUGGAAACGGUUCAUAUAGCGCGAAGCAAGACGAGUCUGCACUUUUCAAACUACGACGCUUUUCUCCGCUUUUGGUCGGACUUUGGCAUUACCUUGUUCGUAUCCUUGUUCAUGCACCUUUUUGUGGAGGUGCCAUUGGGGCGCCUCGAGAUGGAGCUGCUAAAAAGGCGUCAAAAGAAGGCGGACAAUGCAGAGAGCCCCAAGGUAGAGACCUCUACUGAACCUACUGAAGUAGUUCCAGCAACAAGCAUUUCCCGCCAGAACUUAGUCGAACCCUAAACAAAGAUUUUAUAAUUGUCUUGUAGGUUUAACUUAAGCAAGUUAAACUGCAUAUCUAAGCUGUGAACAGUGUUCUUUAAUAAGCACACAGUUUUUGUUAACUUUGUUACUACAUAUGUGUAUAUAUCUCUACAAAAAUAUUGUUUACAUUCAUAUUGAAUACACUUUACUUGUACAUACAUAUUUAUAUACAAAACCCAAACAAACCCCCGAAAGUAUGCAAUAUGAUGUCAAAUGUCAA